AUGGUCAACGCCGCUGCUGAAGCCAAGAAGAAUGAAGGCAAUGAGGCUUUCAAAAACAAGGAUUAUUCGACAGCUGUGGCUAAGUAUUCGGAGGCCAUUGAGCUCGACCCGUCCAAUCAUGUUUAUUUUUCGAACCGCAGUGCUGCGAACGCUGGUUGGGGCAAAUUUCAAGAGGCAGCAGAUGAUGCUGCUGAGUGCAUCCGUGUAAACUCUCAGUUCGUCAAGGGUUAUCACCGUCACGGUGUGGCACUCAAGGGACUCAAGAAGUACGACGAAGCUCUGGCUACUCUGCGUGCCGGCCAACGUGUGGACUUUAACAAUGCCGAUCUGAACCGUCUGGUCACGGAAAUUGAGCCACUGCAGGCACGCGCCGAACAGGCCAAGCGUUCAGGCAUGAGCUCUGGUGAGCUGUUGAAGGAGCGUGGUAACGAUGCAUUCAAGAGUGCUGCCUUUGAGAAAGCCAUUGAGCUGUACAGCGAGGCCAUUGAGGUCUGCAACGACCAGCCUGGCUCAGACCUGUCUUUGUCAUGCUACAACAACCGUGCAGCUUGCAACCAACAGCUCAGUAACUUUUCGGCAGUGAUUUCCGACUGCUCUCACGUAUUGGAGUACGAUGAGAAGAACCAGAAGGCUCUUCUGCGACGUGCACUGGCCUACGAGGGCUUGGAGCGUUACCGUCUUGCUUUGCAAGAUAUUCGCGCGCUGCUUGCUAUCAAUCCUUCCAUUGACAUUGCCAACAAGGCCCAGCACCGACUUAGCAACUACGUGCGCCAGCUAAAGCAGAGCAAAUAA